AUGAUCACAGUGAAUGGUCAGGAGUACCUCCUGCAGUUGGUGGACACAGCCGGACAGGUGAGUCCCUCUUACCAGUUGAGACACCACUCACACAUUAGAAUGUUGUGGUCAGAUUGCCAGUGGGCCACUACAGUAUGUGAGCUCUAAUGUAAUUGGCAGAAAAGCCAGGUGUAGAUUAGAUAUCAGUUGACAUCCUUACUUAGCCUAGGCCUCAUUCCACAUUCAUUAGCCAGGCUGACAUUUCCUCAUUUUUACCUAGGUUGAAGAUUACAAGGUUAAGACAAUGGGGUUCUAAUUUCCCAUAACUCUUUGCAAUUCAUGGGUUAUCAACGGUGCUGGUCCCAUGAAUUCGUUAAUUUUCUAACGCUUUCGCGUUGGAAUUAUUAUGAUGUCUUGUUUUUUAAACUAGAUUUUUACCAUCAUAGAACGUCUACUUUAUCUUUGCGAUGUUUCACUCUCGGCAGGAUGAAUACUCAAUUUUCCCACAGACCUACUCCAUAGACAUCAACGGCUACAUUUUGGUGUAUUCUGUCACAUCGAAUAAAAGGUAGGUAGCUCCGCUCGCCCUCUCCUUCCUUCACGCUGCUACUAACCCUUUGUUACUGCAACAUGAACCCACAUGGCUUCAUCCCUGAGAGAUCUAGCCGCUCAAGGUUUCUCUGAAUCUAUCUAGUAUUUCUCUCUCUAGUAAAAGGCAUGAAUAAACCAUUGAAGCUAUUAUUGAUCUGUACAUUUAUAUUUUUUAUCUCUAUGCUAUUCUAUAGUACUGGGCUCCUGUACGUUGUAGUACAGAACAGGUAUUCAUGCGUAGCUAAAAUAAAUGUAGUGUGGAUGUGAAUCAGAGAUGGUAAUUUCUAGCUGUGUGUGUCUGUGUGUGCAUGCGGGCAUGUGUGUACUAACUUGCCUCCAUAUCAGCUGGAGAUUUAAAUAAAAUGACUCCAUCUAUCUCUCUCUUCUCUCUCUUAACCACACCAUUUAUCCUUUCUUUCUCGCACCAGCGUUCCUCUCCAUCCAACUCUCUCCUCACUCCAUCCAUCACUCAAUUACUCCCUUGUUCCUUCUCUCUCACUCUUUCUCUCUUUCCCUCUCUCUCUGUUAAUACGAGAAUGAACAAGUGGAAAGGUUCUCCUGGGCGCAGCAGCAGAAAUUUGAUUGGAUUUGGUCAGAUUUGAAGGGGAAUAACGGCAAAUUUCGAAAAUGUGUCUAUGUUCCUAAACCCCUCUGACUCGUUGUUGGACUGUCUCGUCAAAGUGCGCACCUCUCUCAGUGAGGGAGAGAGGGGUAGAGCGAGAGCUACGUCACAGGGUAAUACAUCCCCCCUACUCACUGUAGUUCUAAAUAGAACUUUGUGGAAUAACGCAAAUCUACAAAUAAUCUCAACGUUCUGUCACAGCGAAAAUACUGAAGUCCAAUCGAUUGUGAGAUAUGGCAUACACAUUUUAUGUGAUAAAUUUGGGUUGCGGGUUCACAAUUUGACAAUUUCUGAGAUCUCAGCCAAGCAAGGAGAAAGGGAGCCAACCUAAUCCGCCUCCCAUUUUUACAUUGCAACCCCAUUGGAUAUAAUUUCACCUGCCAAUCAACAUUGUCCACCUUCCCUCUCUGACUGUAGGCUACAUCCCUCGUUGCAUGGUGUGAUCAGAUCAUUACGGCAAAAUAUACAGUAUCUACUCAAAUUAGAGGGAAAGACUAGUGAGUGUGGAACAUAAUGUCCAUUUCAUAGGAUGACACAUAGGCUAUAAGGCUAAUUUAUGUAGCAAAUGUUUAAUUAGAUUUUAACCUUCCUACAGUAGCCAGCUUAACAUAUCCUUGUAAAAUAAUUUAUGUUGCAGAUAUAAUAGACAGCCUAGACACUGAUGCAUGCAUCUAUUGAAAUGUGAUUUAUGCUCACUGUCAAAAGUAUUAUUAGCCUACAUUUACAUUUUCAAAUCGAUAGAAUAAUGACAAUUAUUUAAAAAAUUAUACUGGGGAUUUCAUUUGCAGGCCAGGGCCAAAUUGCAUUCCUCGAGCGAGCAAGAGAAUGUGAUAAUUUAGGCAGAUUUGAUCAAAUGGAGACGUAUUCUUAUAGCCUAUGUUUGCAUCAAAUACCCUACUCCUUUGCUUCAGUAUACAGUGCAUUCAGAAAGUAUUCAGACCCCUUUACUUUUACCACAUUUUGUUACAUUACAGCCUUAUUCUAAAAUUGAUUAAUUAAGGAUCGGACCCUUUUUUUCAAUUUUCGCCUAAAAUGACAUCCAAAUCUAACUGCCUGUAGCUCAGGACCUGAAGCAAGGAUAUGCAUACUCUUGAUAUAAUUUCAAAGGAAACGCUUUGAAGUUUGUGGAAAUGUGAAAUUAAUUAGAUCUUUGAAAUGCAAGAGAAAGGCCAGACAAUGAUGUAGGAUUCUAUGUGUAAUUUAGAUGUUGUCCACAAGAUGGCAGCAGUGUUUGUGCAAAGUUUCAGACUACACAAUAUUUUGGAGUUUUCCCAAAUGUGCCGAAUUGGUAAAUGUAUACAUUUUCAUGUACAUAACUAUAGAGAACAUACAAAAAUGCUAUGGUAAUAAAAAAUUACAGUUUACACACUCCCUGGAUUGUCAUACAUGAUGGAUCAUUAGCUUCCCUACAGAAAAGACACUAACCUUCACACCUCUAGAUGGCUGGGCGGGGGUGGGUGUGGAGCCAGAGACAGCAGUGGGGUCAAACUGUAGAACCCAUUUCCUACAUUUGAAUAUAAAAUAGAUUUUUCAAACAAAACUACACUACAUUUUAUCUCUGGGACCCUCAGGAUGACAAAUCAGAUCAAGAUUACUGAAUGUAAGUACAUUAUUUGCCUUCAGAGGUGAAUGUAUCAAACCAGUUGCCGUAAUAAAAGUGUUUUGUUGUUGUGCACUAUCCUCAAACAAUAGCAUGUUAUUAUUUUGCUGUAAUAGCUACUGUAAAUUGGACACUGUAGUUAGAUUAACAAGAAUUUUAAGCUUUCUGCCCAUAUAAGACAUGUCUAUGUCCCGGAAAGUUGGCUGUUGUUUACAACGCCAUUUUUGUCACAUAUCGCAUAUUGAGAAGCAACUGUCCCAGUAUAGGGACACCGAUCCCGUAGAGGUUAAACUGUUUUCUAGACAUAAAAACGGAAAUACGACAUUCAGACAAGUAUUCAGACCCUUUACUCAGUACUUUGUUGAAGUACCUUUGUCAGCGAUUACAGCCUCAAGUCUUCUUGGGUAUGACACUACAAGCUUGGCACACCUGUAUUUGGGGAGUUUCUCCCAUUCUUCUCUGCAAAUCCUCUCAAGCUCUGUCAGGUUGGAUGGGGAACGUCGCUGCACAGCUAUUUUCAGGUCUCUCCAGAGAUGUUUGAUCAAGUUCAAGUCCGGGCUCUGGCUGGGCCACUCAAGGACAUUCAGAGACUUGUCCCGAAGCCACUCCUGCGUUGUCUUGGCUGUGUGCUUAGGGUCGUUCUCCUGUUGGAAGGUGAACCUUCACCCCAGUCUGAGGUCCUGAGCGCUCUGGAGCAGGUUUUCAUCAAGGAUCUCGCUGUACUUUGCUCCGUUCAUCUUUCCCUCGAUCCUGACUAGUCUCCCAAUCCCUGCCGCUGAAAAACAUCCCCACAGCAUGAUGCUGCCACCACCAUGUUUCACAGUAGGGAUGGUGCCAGGUUUCCUCCAGAUGUGACGUUUGGCAUUCAGGCCAGAGUUCAAUAUUGGUUUCAUCAGACCAGAGAAUCUUGUUUCUCAUGGUCUGAGAGUCCUUUAGGUGCCUUUUGGCAAACUCCAAGUGGGCUGUCGUGCCUUUUACUGAGGAGUGGCUUCCGUCUGGCCACUCUACCAUAAAGGCCUGAUUGGUGGAGUGCUGCAGAGAUGGUUGUCCUUCUGAAAUGUUCUCCCAUCUCCACAGAGGAACUCUGGAGCUCUGUCAGAGUGACCAUCGGGUUCUUGGUCAUCUCCCUGACCAAGGCCCUUCUACCCCGAUUGCUCAGUUUGGUCGGGCGGCCAGCGCUAGGAAGAGUCUACGUGGUUCCAAACUGAUGGAGGCCACUGUGUUCUUGGGGACCUUCAAUGCUGCAGACAUGUUUUGGUACCCUUCCCCAGAUCUGUGCCUCGAAACAAUCAUGUCUCGGAGUUCUACGGACAAUUCCUUCGACCUCAUGGCUUGGUUUUUGCUCUGACAUGCACUGUCAACCCUGGGACCUUAUAUAGACAGGUGUGUGUGCCUUUCCAAAUCAUGUCCAAUCAAUUGAAUUUACCACAGGUGGACUACAAACAAGUUGUAGAAACAUCUCAAGGAUGAUCAAUGGAAACAGGAUGCUCCAUCUCAUAGCAAAGGGUCUGAAUACUUAUGUAAAUAAGGUUUUUUAUUUUUAAUACAUUUGCAGAAAUGUCUUAAAACCUGUUUUUGCUUUGUCAUUAUGGGGUAUCAUGUGUGUGUUUCGUGCACGGGACUUGAGCCUGGAUGAACUCCCACCUUGUAAAAACCUUCUAGCCUAUUGCGCAAUAUAUUCCAAAAUUCUAACAAAAUACACCAGCGACAUCAUUUAGGAGAUAAAGGUUGUGAGCACAAUGUAUUUGUGUGGCUACGAUGCCAUCUUUAGAGCACAGCACUUUCUGCUUGGUUUCUAGAGCAUUGAAAGAGAUAAAUGAAAUAGGCUACUACCGAGGUCUGAUGAGGCUUCUGACAAUAUAGUAAAAGGCGUGUUGUAUUGGGUGGUGUGCUAAAGUCUGAUGUAGGCUAUUUUGAAAACUGCCGGUGUGUUGUUUAUGAGGAGCCCCCUCCUGCAUGUGUUGUUGCAUGAGCUGGAUGCUGUUUCCUCCUUGCUUGGCAGAGGUCUCAGAAAAGGUACAAUUGUGAACCUGCGACUCAAAUUAAUCACAUCAAAUGUAUAUGCUAUAUCUCACAAUCGAUUGGACUUCCCGAAUUUUGUAUUUUAGCUGUGACAGAAUGUUUAUAUUUUUCGUAGAACUUUGUGGAAUAGCACAAAUCAAUCUAGCGCUGCAGUGAGUGGGGGGGGGCUGUUUAACCCUGUGACAUAGCUCUCGCACUAGCUCGACCUCGCUAUCCCUGAGUGAGAGAGGUGCGCACUUUGACAGACAGUCCAGGAAUGAGUCAGAGGGGUUUAGGAACAUAGACACAUUUUCCUUUAAAUAUAGAAGUGCAUCAAAGCUGCACUUUCUCUCCUGUAAUGCCUCCAUACUUCAGACAUCUUCAAUGUCAACAGGAUUCAUACUGUGUCAAACUCUUUGUCCUGUCUAAGACCAUCAUACUGUAGCCUAGGUUAGAGUGUGUGUGUGUUUUAAUCCCAAAUCCCCUGGGUCCUAUGGUAGUUGCCAUGGGAGCGGGCCUAGGGAGACUUUCCCUGGAGAAAUAUUUUCCUAACCACAUCCCAUCAUGUCUCCCUACUUCCCACUGGCCAGUUAAUGCUGUCAAGUUGAGUUAAUGUCCCCAUUGAUUUAUGCAUUUCUACUGACCAGCCCGGGGCUCAACAUUCAUUAUUUAAAUUGCGUCUCAAACCAUGCAUCAGGUCCGUCUGUAUCAUAUACAGUAGGCCUCUACAUUACAGCCUAUGGCACAGAUUAAACAACCUUUCUCAACUGGAUGUCGGCAAGGCAACUAACAAGCAAUGGAAAAUGCACAUUGUUAAAUACAGCAACAUUGAUGGUUCUUCUCAGAAAGAUUUGAUAUGCGAAGUAGCCUAUCAUACCGAUUUCAAGCAAUGGGUCAACCGCAACCGUCUUUGUUAGGUAACGUUCGUUAAUGUACUCAUCACAAACACAGAGACACACACACAGAGCGGCCAGGAUAGGAGAAUGCAGCCACGACGCAACGCGGAGUGCCUGGAUGCAGCCCUUAGCUGUGGUAUAUUGGCCAUGUACCACAAACCCCAGAGGUGCCUUAUUGCUCUUAUAAACUGGUUACCAACGUCAUUAGAGCAGUAAAAAUAAAUGUUUUGUCAUACCGUGGUAUACCACGGCUGUCAGCCAAUCAGCAUUCAGGGCUUGAACCACCCAGUUUAUAAUGGCAAAUAUAGCAUGGUCCGACCUGGACAAUGUCAAGCUUUACUCCCAUAAAGGAUGCAUUUAAGUACAAGUGAGAGUCUUCAAGUCUUCUAAGUAUUAGCUUUGGAAGAUUUUUUAAAUAAUUGAUGGAAUAGUGUUGUAUUGAUACUGGUCUUGUCUACAGUACACUAGGGCGUCGCACAAUUGGCCCAGCGUCGUCCAGGGUAGGGGAGGGAAUGGCCGGCAGGGAUGUAGCUCAGUUGAUAGAGCAUGGCGUUUGCAACGCCAGGGUUGUGGGUUCGAUUCCCACGGGGGGCCAGUAUAAAAAAAUAUGUAUUCACUAACUGUAAGUUGCUCUGGAUAAGAGCGUCUGCUAAAUGACUUAAAUGUAAAUGUUGAAUGUUUUCACUUUCUUGUUAUUUUGGCUGUUAAAGGUUUGAAUUACCUUUUUUUGUUUUCUGCUGCAGUUUUGAAGUAAUAAAGGUAAUCCACGAAAAACUAUUGGAUAUGGUUGGUAAAGUACAGUAAGUACCUUAUUCUCCUAUCUGUAAACAUUUCAAUCUGAAUAUCUAGUGUUUCACUUCAUGAUUCAUUUGACUGACAGGACUUCCUUUUGUCUUCUGCAGAGUACCCAUCAUGUUGGUCGGAAACAAGAAAGAUCUACACAUGGAACGGUAUGCCACACACACACACAGAUAGUCUUCCCAGAGGAACCAGACAGUUUAUUCCAUUUUCAGCUUUAAAUUAGAUUUAACUGGGAUUUAAUGUUCUGACGGUCUGUCGUUAUGUUUGUAUGAGUCCGUGGAGACCUGGUCAAAGACAUUAGUUCACAGACAGGACCAGAUGGAGAGAAAGUAUAUUGCUUCAACAGAGGGUGGAGGGCUGGAAUAAACCUUUAGGACUUGAUCUGCUGGAGUUUUAUGGGCCUUGUCAUAAAAUCCCCACAUCUUGCCAUCUUUGGCAGGGAGGGAAAAAUGAAUAUGCCAUUUCCCUGGCUGUCCUGUCUCUUUUAGACUAAACUACUGGCCUGUUUAGACCUUGACGCUAGGCUGGGAAACUGUGGUCCAGUCUGCUCUCAGCAAUCUUUGGCUCUGGCUCUGUUUUAAAGACUGCAGGGUCAGGUCGGUCUGCUGUGUAUUUGUUUGGGUCAGAGUGACGUUAGUUAUACCUAUUUCAGACAAAAUCUACGGUAUGUUAUCUGUAAAAAAAAAAAAAAUUUGCACUUUUUUUUACAGGCAUACUGUACGCCUUGCAUCCUGUUGUGCAGCCAGCACUGGGGACGGGUGGGAGUAGGGGUGUGCAGAUGUGGGUGGGCGUCUUUUUUAAAUAAAUCCAUUGAAUAUACAAUUAUGUUACUGGUCUGUGCAGCCUAUAGGUCACAUGGCUACGCCAUGCAAAUUAAAUCAACGGGGGGGGGGGGGUUCUACUAAGCUAACAGAUGGAAUUGUUUUAAGAUGGUCAUACCAAGGGAUCAUUUAGCUAUUUGAUUUGGAAUUUUAGGACCCUUUUAGGUAUAACACUUUACUUGACACCCAGCGUCAUAACACAUUAUGACACGGUCAUAACCAUGUCAUUAGAUGUCAUAACAGCAGACAUAACUUGUCAUAACCUGUUAUAAUAUGGUCAUAACACUGUCAUGACACAUACAUUUAGACCUGUUGUGACAUAUUUUGCGUUAUUUUAUAGCUGGUUAUGACACCUACACAAGGCAAAACAUUCCAUUACACCAUAGCCUACGUCUCAACAGUAUGUUUAUGUUCUAUCAUUUUUUUUUUAUUGACCAUAUUAAAUUAUAAUUGUAAAUGAUCAAUGUCAUUGAUGUCAGACAUGCACCUACCUACCCCAAUGUUCUGUUGCUGAUGACUGGCUGAAUGCAGGAGCAGAUUUCAGGAGCAGGACAAGACACCCUCUUAGACUGAUGACUGACAUAAGGGCAUGUACAUGAUAGGCCUAUCUGGCUUAUAUGAUAAUAAUGGUCAUAAUGCUUCAUGACAGUGUCAUAAAGUGUAUUUUCUACAACUUAUUUAAAAGAUGAUGAAAAAAAACAUGACUGUAAAUAAUUUAUUACAACAACAACAACAAAGGAUUUAAGAAACAAACUUUCAAACGAAAGGAAACUUCUUGGCAGGGAAAAAACUAAUUUGAAUAAAUGUGGGUUUUGACACUCUUAUGUAGGUGUCAUAACCAGCCAUAAAAUAACGCAAUAUAAAUGUAUGUCACAACAGGUGUAGUAAAUAAUGUGUCAUGACAGUGUUAUGACCAUAUUAUGACAGGCUAUGACAAGUUAUAUCAGCUGUUAUGUCAUUAUGACAUGGUAAUGACCGUGUCAUAACAUGUUAUUAAACUGGGCGUCACAAAGUUGUAUAUAUUUUUUUUUUAAUGAAAUAUUGAAUUUGGCCUUACUGCUAUUAGCCCAUAGAAACGCAUUGAAUAAUAGAUUCAUACAUGGAAAAACAGAUGGUCAAAAAUAUUAAUCAAAAGGAAGUUUGUUUUAAAGUGUCUGUCUUAUAUCUGAGAGAUAUAAAAAAGAUCAGGAAAUUAUUAUUUCGUUUUUUUACCCAUAUAAAAAAAAUAAUGUUGGGCACUAAACUACUUCCAUAUAUACUUACACUAUCUUCAGACCAGUAUUGUGAGGCUUGUGGGUUGUCCUAGAGCAACAACCGACAUGUACUGUAUGUGUUCGUUAGAGUCUCAUCUUUCCAUAGAUUGGUCAUAUUAGUUUCUAGGCCAAACCGUUUGGACGCUACAGAUGUUUUUAUGAGAAGACUGAUUUUCAGGAUGUCUCAUGGUCUGGGAUCGCUGUAGCUCGGCCACCUUCCACCGCAGAUGCGGACGCAGCCCGUGCAAAAAAAAAAAAAGAUAUCUCUAGCUUAAACAGACAGAUUCGUAUUUGUAUUUCUUAUUAUUAUGUUAAUUAGAUUUCCGCGGGGUGCGGAUAUCGACUCUAGGGGGUUAAACAGACAAGUCACACUUACAUCUCCCUGCCCUGAUCACAUUCAACACAACUAUAUGUUAUACUAAGAAUAUAAUGGAAUAUAACAAAAUAAAAUAUUUUUCCCAAACAACUUGAGUGUCGGAGGAAUGUGUGGAACCGCUGUUAUUCUUUAUAAAGUGGUAUUUUUAAACAGAGACCAUGUCCUUAUUUUUUGGAGUUUGUUUGCUUUAGAAACCUUAGAAUCUGCUCUUUCCGACCUUGUAUAGAAAUCUAAUUUCUGAGCGGAUGAACCUCUGAAGGAUGAUUUGAAAAAGUCAAUUUUUUGGUUAAAAAAAAGAAUCCAGAUUGUUUUUUGGGGGGGCUUGUUACAUAUCAUGCACAUUGUUAGCUUGCUAACUGAUGUGAUCCACUUCCCCUGUGUGUGUCAUCUCUUACCAGGCAUGUAGAGUACACACUGCUUGCUCAACACACUUCUGAAAAUGGGUCACUCACUCAUAGACCUCCCUCUUUCCUCCUCCCUCCUUUUUUCAUCCAUCCUUCCUCCUGCCUCCUCUUUCAUUCCCAGAAUAAACAGGAAAUGUAGCACAGCCACCUCACAGUGGGAAGUAGUGACAGCUACUCUGACAUCCCUUCCUCCUACACACACACACACACACACGCACGCACACACUCUGGCCCCAUUGAGAUGAUGGGCACGCUGUAAGCAGUGUUGAAGUGAUUCAUAUGCUUCUCAGUGUGGAGUGAGUACAAACACAGACACACAGGAGCCUAUUACCCUAAGGCCAGCUGGAAUUGUAUUAGCCAACUAAAGUAAUCAAGGCGUUACUGAUCACUUCUCUCUCUCUCUCUCUCUCUCUCUCUCUCUCUCUCUCUCUCUCUCUCUCUCUCUCUCUCUCUCUCUCUCUCUCUCUCACCUUCUUUUCUCUCUCACUUUCUCUCCCUCUCAAUUUGUUUUCAAUGUAUCCCUCUCUCUCUCGCUCUCCUAAUGACUUCUCAAUAGUAAAGCAUACCUCCCAAACUAUCUUCCCACCCUGAAAUAGACUAGAGACUAGAGAAAAUAGACUAAAGCACUAUACAUAUAUACAGUGGGGGAAAAAAGUAUUUAGUCAGCCACCAAUUGUGCAAGUUCUCCCACUUAAAAAGAUGAGAGAGGCCUGUCAUUUUCAUCAUAGGUACACGUCAACUAUGACAGACAAAUUGAGAUUUUUUUUUCCAGAAAAUCACAUUGUAGGAUUUUUAAUGAAUUUAUUUGCAAAUUAUGGUGGAAAAUAAGUAUUUGGUCACCUACAAACAAGCAAGAUUUCUGGCUCUCACAGACCUGUAACUUCUUCUUUAAGAGGCUCCUCUGUCCUCCACUCGUUACCUGUAUUAAUGGCACCUGUUUGAACUUGUUAUCAGUAUAAAAGACACCUGUCCACAACCUCAAACAGUCACACUCCAAACUCCACUAUGGCCAAGACCAAAGAGCUGUCAAAGGACACCAGAAACAAAAUUGUAGACCUGCACCAGGCUGGGAAGACUGAAUCUGCAAUAGGUAAGCAGCUUGGUUUGAAGAAAUCAACUGUGGGAGCAAUUAUUAGGAAAUGGAAGACAUACAAGACCACUGAUAAUCUCCCUCGAUCUGGGGCUCCACGCAAGAUCUCACCCCGUGGGGUCAAAAUGAUCACAAGAACGGUGAGCAAAAAUCCCAGAACCACACGGGGGGGCCUAGUGAAUGACCUGCAGAGAGCUGGGACCAAAGUAACAAAGCCUACCAUCAGUAACACACUACUCCGCCAGGGACUCAAAUCCUGCAUUGCCAGACGUGUCCCCCUGCUUAAGCCAGUACAUGUCCAGGCCCGUCUGAAGUUUGCUAGAGUGCAUUUGGAUGAUCCAGAAGAGGAUUGGGAGAAUGUCAUAUGGUCAGAUGAAACCAAAAUAUAACUUUUUGGUAAAAACUCAACUCAUCGUGUUUGGAGGACAAAGAAUGCUGAGUUGCAUCCAAAGAACACCAUACCUACUGUGAAGCAUGGGGGUGGAAACUUCAUGCUUUGGGGCUGUUUUUUCUGCAAAGGGACCAGGACGACUGAUCCGUGUAAAGGAAAGAAUGAAUGGGGCCAUGUAUCGUGAGAUUUUGAGUGAAAACCUCCUUCCAUCAGCAAGGGCAUUGAAGAUGAAACGUGGCUGGGUCUUUUAGCAUGACAAUGAUCCCAAACACACCUCCCGGGCAACGAAGGAGUGGCUUCGUAAGAAGCAUUUCAAGGUCCUGGAGUGGCCUAGCCAGUCUCCAGAUCUCAACCCCAUAGAAAAUCUUUGGAGGGAGUUGAAAGUCCGUGUUGCCCAGCGACAGCCCCAAAACAUCACUGCUCUAGAGGAGAUCUGCAUGGAGGAAUGGGCCAAAAUACCAGCAACAGUGUGUGAAAACCUUGUGAAGACUUACAGAAAACGUUUGACCUGUGUCAUUGCCAACAAGGGGUAUAUAACAAAGUAUUGAGAAACUUUGUUAUUGACCAAAUACUUAUUUUCCACCAUAAUUUGCAAAUAAAUUCAUAAAAAAUCCUACAAUGUGAUUUUCUGGAAAAAAAAAUCUCAUUUUGUCUGUCAUAGUUGACAUAUACCUAUGAUGAAAAUUACAGGCCUCUCUCAUCUUUUUAAGUGGGAGAACUUGCACAAUUGGUGGCUGACUAAAUACUUUUUUUCCCCACUGUAUGUAUAUAUAUAUAUAUAUAUAUAUAUAUACGUUGUAUUGUUUAAGGGCCUACUACUAAACUGUACAGUAUAUUGCCCUUUAUCUUCUAACUGCAUGCUCCUAGUCUGGUGUGUGUGUGCGCGCGUUUGUGUGCAUGUCUGUCCUUAAGUGUGUGUGUGUGUGUGUGUUGACAGAUCUCAUUAAACAAGGGCAGGGAAAGGCUUGCGCCGGGGCGAAGUGAGGAACCGGCUGAACCUCAGGAUGAAUCAAUAACUCCAGGCUAUUAAAUCACAGGAGUGGAUGGGAGGGAUACAGGGUGCUGGAGUGCAGUUACACCAGUCAGCAGAUACGCCACUAGGCUAUAGAGGCUAUAGAUUUAGGCUUGGCUGAAAAAUACUAAUGCAAUGCAGUUAGAAUCCAUCGGGGGGGGGGGGGGGUGUCUUAGUAUUGUGAUGCUAUCUUUUCAGUGUGUCGGCGUGGUGUGUAAAUAACCUGGUCCCAGGUCUGUUUGGGCUGCGACCAUAGGAGUUGACUAUACAGGACAAACCGAUCUGGGAUCAGGCUAGUGUAAAAAGACAUGGAGGAGAGAUGGUGUAGCCUACUCUAUGGCUUAUAGUGAAUGCCUGGGAUAGUAUAGGGAGAGUGACCACAGAUCAGUUUCUCCAUUUGCGCCUUACCCUCAUAUAGGUCAUGCUCCCACAUGUGGUUAUAGACUGUUGUGUUACAAGCAAAUGGUGUUCACUGUGAUAUUGUGUUCCCCUCAGGACAAUCACUAACUGUGGGUAUAGGAUGUGCUGCUGUUACAAGCUAAUUGUAGUCAGUGUGAUAUGUUUUUCCCUCUCCUCAGUGUAAUCAGUUGUGAAGAAGGCAAAGCGCUGGCCGACUCGUGGAACGCAGCAUUCAUGGAGUCCUCUGCUAAAGAGAACCAGGUGGUGAUGAUGAUGAUGAUUGGACACCAGCCACUCCCAGAUAGAUAUAUCGUUUUUGACAUCUAGGAUUGUAAUGGGUGCCAUCUUGGCACUGAAUGUUCCAAGGCAAUUACAGUCUAGUUUGAAUACAAAUUGGAAGAGUAAUCUAAAUGAAGGAACAUUUGGUGCCAACAUGGCCUGGAUGCAUCAAUGCAUCAUUCAACAUAAUUGUUGCUAUUUCCCUAUUGUACCACAAGAGGCAUGUUGGAUCCAUUGAUCCAUGCUGCUAUGUGUUGAUGAUAUCAAAAUAGUGUUUGUAUCAAAUAUUCCCCUCAGUCAUCUAGAAUGUUUGAAUUUCCUACUUUCUUUCUAUCCUAGCAAUAACAAUUAAUCUGUCAGUUUGGUUUACUAUAGAUUGUAACAUUUGCAUUUGCAAGCACAGAGCAGACAAAACACCCAUCUGCACAGCCCUGUUGUUGUGAUAUGACAUAAUUUCCUCCCUCUGACUUACUGUUGCCUGUGUGAGCCAGACAGCGGUGGAGGUGUUCAAGAGGACCAUCCUGGAGGCGGAGAAGAUGGAGGGGGGAGCCCCCCAGGGCAGGACGUCCUGCUCCUUGAUGUAA